UUCCAAGUGACGGCCGAGAGCCACACACCAUUGAUCAUUUUGCUAAACAGGCUGCAACUAUCGCAACUCUAGAUACAGACCUUGCCCACUUCACCAUCAUGGCAGGAACUGACACUGCUCACUCACUCACUAUGCGCAGCUUAUCAGCUAAUGUGCCCACCAACAGCCUCUUCUCUCGUGUUCGGCCCGGCAAGGCGACGUCUAAGAAGCUGCGCGGAUUCAUGGCCCUGCCUGGAGAGAUCAGAAAUCGCGUUUACCACUACUACUUCCAGAGCGACUUCCGUUGCGAGAUAGCCGCAUCUGGGCACACCUUUGCCCGGCCCAAACCACGCACUGUGAAGCUCUCUCCCGGCGUCACCCUAUACAACAACCAGACAUCAAAGUAUAAGACUCAGCCCCAGCAAGACGCUGCAGUCAUCAUUCGCCUAUCCAGACGUCUUGGAAAGUACAGCCUGGUCAAAGGCCUGCAGACAAAUUGGAUCACCUCCAUCUUCUCUCUACAUCUGGUUUGCAAGUUGGUGUACGCAGAAACUCUAGCCUACAUCUACCAUAAGACAACAUACGUCUUUGCCGCGCCUCGUCGCAUCGCAGACUUCCUCGGCCUUGUAUCCAAGUCAACCCUCGAGCAUAUCACAAAACUUGAAUUGCACUACAACACCUAUGGCAAUCCCGGGCAUGCUGAAGAUUGCAUCUGGCAGGAUAAGCAUAUCGAGAGCUGGACGCGUGCUUGUAAAGUGACAUCGAAAAGACUUACUAGGCUCAAGAAGCUGGAGAUUUGGGUGCACGUCAAUCACGGGGCCCCAAAGUUCAACUUUCGGGAGAAGUGGCUGCAACCGAUGCUUGAAUUUCGACGGUUGACACGCCAGAAAAAGCAUUGUGGCUCCGACGAAGCUGCGAAAGACAAUGAUACUCCAAGACAUGUGGCACUCGAAUUUGUCAACGUGCACUUCUCUACCCGACUUUCUGGAUACGGCUACUUUGCCAACCCAGAUCUUGCCAGAGCCUCGAAUGCCUUGCAUGUGCUGUUUGGCCGGGCCAUCAGCUGUGCUAUCCUUGGGGCCAAAGAACACGAGGCCAUGCUCGAGUUCAACGAUGCAUGGGAGGGAAAGUAUAGUGAGUGGAAAUUUCAUUUAGGUAUUGCGCAGACAGGGUGGUGAUGAAAAGAUGGGGCUGGAAAUUAUGAUUGGAGCGUAAAGUAUCAAUGGUGAAAUAGGUCAGAACAGACGACAAAACCCCCUCGAACUCGAUGCGGACGGGCGGGGCUCUCGAGAUAACGGGGAAAUAGGUGGCCAUAUGAUGGACGGUCUGACAGCCAAUAAAU